AUGCCCCUGAAGGCCAGCAGGAGGGCGGGCACGUGCGGCGCGGUGGCAGCGGCCAGGCGGGCACAGCGCGGCUCCUCCAGCGACUUCUCCGUGUUCCAGCCCUCGCAGAUCCAGGAGUUCAAGGAGGCCUUCAGCUGCAUCGACCAGAACCGGGACGGGAUCGUCACCAAGGCGGACCUGAAGGAGACCUACUGGCAGCUGGGGAAGACGAACAUGAGCGACGAGGAGCUGGAGGAGAGGCUGAAGGAGGGGAAGGGGCCCAUUAACUUCACCGUCUUCCUGAGGCUCUUCGGGGAGAAGCUGAACGGCGCCGACCCCGAGGAGUCCAUCCUCAACGCCUUCAAGCUCUUCGACCCCGCCGGCACCAGCACCGUGAACAAGGAUGAGUUUAAGCAGCUCCUCCUGAGCCAGGCGGAUAAAUUCUCCCCGGAGGAGGCGGAGCAGACGUUCGCGGUGACGCCCGUCGACGCCUCGGGGAACAUCGACUGCAUGUCCCUGUGCUACGUCAUCACCCACGGGGACGAGAAGGAGGACUGA